GAGUAAUAUUGUUCUUCCUGCUUACAAGAGAAUCAGAAGUUGAAACCGACCGACCAUGGCGAAACUCAUUUCAAGCUGGGCCGGCGGCCAUAACCAAGACUUGCCUGAGCAUUACAUCUUGCCUCCACAUGAAAGGCCUGGAGACCUGAUUAAUGUUCUUCCUUGCGAUUCCAUUCCGGUGAUAGAUCUAGGGAAGGUUCUUUCUGACGGUGGUGAUCGAACCAAUAUAAUUCAACAGAUACUCAAUGCUAGCCGAGAAUUCGGUUUCUUCCAGGUGAUAAAUCAUGGUGUUUCUGAGAGUUUAAUGGACGAUGCCAUGAGAUUGUUUAAUGAAUUCUUUGAAUUGCCUGGUGAGGACAAAGAAUACAUCUACUCUGAGGAUUCCAGGAAAUCGUGCAGGGUGUUCACCGGUAGUGACUAUCAAAUUGGUCCUACUCAGUUUUGGCGAGACACCUUAAGACACCCUUGCUUUCCAUUAGAGGAUUCUAUUCAAUCUUGGCCCAUCAAACCAGACAGAUAUAGAGAUAUUGUUAGCAAAUACUCAGUGGAAGUGAGGAAACUAUCACUGAAGAUCUUGGAGCUCAUCAGCAUAGGAUUGGGAAUGGAUGAAGGAUAUUUUGGAGAAGAAUUCAUCCAGAUUCAAAAUAUAUCUGUUAAUCAUUACCCACCGUGUCCAAAUCCACGUCUCACUUUGGGAAUUCGUAACCACUGUGAUCCUAACCUCAUAACAAUUCUACAGCAAGGGGAUGUGCAAGGGCUUCAAGUGUUUAAAGAUGGUAACUGGAUUGGUGUCCGACCUGUUCCAUAUUCUUUUGUCGUCAACAUGGGAAACCUGUUGCAGGUAAUAAGUAAUGGGAAGUUAAGGAGUGUGGAGCAUCGAGCAGUUACAAAUUCAGAAUGUGCAAGGACAAGUAUAGCCACAUUUCUCAUGCCUAGCUUCGAUUAUUGCGUGGAACCUGCAAAGUCUCUUGUGAGUGAAAGCUAUCCUCCCAUCUUUAAACCUUUCAAAUACAUGGAGUUUAUUCGAGAAUACUUAUCAAAUACUGAUAAUCCCCAAGCUGUCUUGGAUCAUUUUAAGCUGUAAGUGCACAUACCAUGGUGUAAAAUAAGUGUUGUUAGUUAUGCACAAUGAUUGUGGAGAAUAAAUGAACAAUGCUUACACAAUCUUCAAUUAUCAACAUAUUUGCUUGUCUUUUUACAUGUAACAUAAUAAUAUUUUUUGUUAUGCAACUUUGGAUCCAUU